AUGGCCCUAGAAGCUCUCAACAAGCCAGCCGCCCCAACGACGUCGUUCGACUUCGACAACGCCGCCCUCCGCUACCUCGAGCCCUGGACCAAAGGAAAGAGGACCAAGCGCCCCCGCAGCCCCGACGGCCGCCGCCACGAGCCCUCCGAGGAGGAGUACCUCGCCCUCUGCCUCGUCAUGCUUGCCCGUGGCGGCGCCGGCGCCGCCUCUGCCGCGACCACGCCUCCGGCGGCCGAGCCUCCGAAUCUGGUGUACAAGUGCUCCGUCUGUGACAAGGCCUUCGCGUCCUACCAGGCUCUGGGCGGACACAAGGCCAGCCACCGGAAGGUCGCCGCCGGGGACGAGCCAUCCGCCGCUUCCGAAUUCGCGGCGACCUCGUCGGUUAACGGAAGGGCGCACGAGUGUUCGAUCUGCCACAGGAGCUUCCCGACGGGGCAGGCCCUCGGGGGACACAAGCGCCGCCACUACGAGGGUGGCAAGGCGGGGAGCGCCGCGUCGUCGGAUGGCGCGGGGUCGUCCACCGUCAGCCACCGGGGUUUCGACCUGAACCUGCCGGCGCUGCCGGAGUCCUGGGCGGGGUUCGGCUCCGGCGGGGUCGAGGACGAGGUCGAGAGCCCUCACCCAGCGAAGAAAUCGCGCCACACGCUGCCGGCAAAAUUGGAAUUGUUCUAA